UUGUGGUAAAAUAGGUAAUUAUCACGUAUCCUGAUAUGCCGUGUAAACUUCGCAUUAAUCCUGCUUGUCGGCGAUGAUCGAUAAGGGUGGUUUAGAUAAUGCUUAAAGUAUUGAGAAUAGCUGAGGGUUGUAAGGUUUUUAAUCAUUGUAAACAAAUUAGGGUUCAGUAUCCUGUUUUAAAAAUGUUAACAACAAUUUUUGUUGUAUAUGCUUAUACACUUAGUGGCAUUUCAUCUGGGGAAACUUACUUAGAACAAAAACGGUCUCUGACGGAAACUAACAAUAAAGGAUAUGUUAAUACUGAUGAGAUUCCUGCUGGUAUUUGCCAAUACUACAAUGGAACUACUUGUGGUAAUUACUUGUCGAACAGGAGCGUUUUUGUUCCACCAAACCUCUCGCUUGAUGAUUUAGAAGAACGAUUAAAGGCAGCUUAUGGUGUUAUUCGGGAAUCGAAAGACAUGAAUCAGAACUGUCGUAUAUAUGCUCUGCCAAGUUUGUGCUACAGUACUUUACCAUUGUGUCGAACACCAGAACGUACAAAUAUGCUCUAUUUUUCAAACAGAGCAAUUCACAAAGAGGGUAAAUCAAGCAAAAAUGUGUCAUCAGAUGUUGAUGGACGAAAAAAUCAUAUACUUUAUAAACGCCAUAAGCGCUUCAUGGAUAAGACUGCACUUGAAUUAAAAUUGGUUCUAAAACGGAAAACUCUCAUGACGGACAAUGGGGAGGUACCCAGCUACUAUCCUCCAACAAAGGAAACCGAAAACCUAAAACGGAUUUGUAGGGAAGAGUGCGAAAUUCUUGAGAAUGAACUUUGUCAAAGAGAGUAUGCAAUAGCCAAGCGACAUCCAGUGAUUGGUCAAAAAUUACCGCUUGAAGAGUGUUCUAGACUUCCACGGCAUACAGAUUGUUCAAGUCUGGGUAUUGUAAUAGAUGUUGAUAAAACUCAAACUUGCUAUUGGGAUGAUGGAUCAAGUUAUAGAGGAACUUUGGCUAUAUCCGCUUCCGGAAAAUCUUGUUUGCGAUGGUCUUGGCUCAUGAAAGAAAUAUCCGAUUUUCCCGAAUUAGUAGGACAAAAUUACUGCAGGAAUCCUGGCGGAGUGGAAAAGGAACCGUGGUGCUUUGUCGGGGAAAAAUCUUUCGAAAAAAAUGUAGAGCUGUGUGAUAUUCCAAAGUGUUCUGACAAUCUGUGGAUGUAUAUUUCAACAACGAUUGCGACAAUUGCAUGCCUCCUUUUGAUAUAUACUAUUUUAUUUAUUAGCCGACGUAGAAGAUGCAACGAAAUGACAAGCAUUCAAAAUAUAAACACCCCCAACGCUGACAAAAAUAUAUAUGGAAGUUCUCAAAUAAGUGGGUCCCUCGAAAUACCACGAGUUAGUACAAACCAUUUUGUUGGCGUUUCUUCGACCUUUAUUCAAAAUUGCGAUAGGGGAUCUAUUUUGAAAAUACCACAUUAUUCAUUACAGGACGUCGAAUUUGUGGAAGAGCUUGGAGAAGGGGCAUUUGGAAAGGUCUAUAAGGGUCUUCUCAAUGCAAGCGGAUCUGACAAAAAGUAUGUAGCUAUCAAAGCCCUUAAGGAAGACGCGUCUUUGAAGACGCAACAAGAUUUUAAACGUGAAAUUGAACUAAUAUCUGAUCUUAAGCACGAUAAAAUAGUUUGUAUACUUGGAGUCGUUUUAAAUAAAGAACCAUUUUGUAUGCUUUUUGAAUACAUGUCAAAUGGGGAUUUGCAUGAGUUCUUGAUAUCAAAUUCCCCAAAUGAAAACAAGACAUUAAAUCAACUUGAUUUUCUUAAAAUAUCUGUACAAAUAAGCGAAGGAAUGGAAUACCUGUCCGCACAUCACUAUGUUCACCGCGAUUUGGCUGCGCGUAACUGCUUAGUUGGUGAAAAUUUAAUGGUAAAAAUUUCUGAUUUCGGGCUAUCUCGUGAUAUAUACAGUUCGGAUUAUUACAGGGUACAAUCAAAAUCGCUUUUGCCUGUUCGUUGGAUGCCAUCUGAAUCAAUACUUUAUGGGAAAUUUACUACUGAGAGUGAUGUUUGGUCAUUCGGUGUGGUUUUAUGGGAAAUAUACAGUUACGGUGUACAGCCAUAUUAUGGACACAGCAACCAGGAGGUCAUAAAUUUAGUCAGAUCUAGACAACUUUUACAUUGUCCAGAGGAUUGUCCAUCAGCAGUAUACUCAUUAAUGAUUGAAUGUUGGCACGAACAAUCUGUACGGAGGCCGUCAUUUACGGAAAUUACUCAACGUUUAAAAACGUGGUAUCUUGGACAACAACAAAUGACAAGGAACCUACCAAGUUAAACCACAUAUCAUAUGGAAUACAUUUGUUAAAAUUAUAAGGCAAAAGUGAACUUUAAAGUGCUCAGUAAUGUCGCCUCCAGUAUCGUCCGUUUGACUACCAUAGGUUAGGCCAGUAAUAAAAACCAGACGCGAAUUUGGCUGUCUAACAAGUCCUGCCAAAGAAUAACCUCAAGUUGGUUUUUACAGCAACAAAUUGCGCUUUGUAAAGAGCACUUUGACCAAUAACUAGUAUUCUAUUUUACCAAAUUCGUAAUAAACAACAUAUGUAUAUAAAACAGAGAUGUCUCACCCUUUACGGUAGCUUUGAUGUCAAAUAACACGCAUUCUUAUAUUCUUUGUUUCAGUCAAGGCGUAUUUAUCAGGUGGCCGCAUCAACCCAGCUGAGAGAAUUUGAUAUGUUAACUCUUUUUUUAAUUCGCCAUACAAAAAAAUAAACAUCAAAAUAAAUAAUUUAUAGUG